AGGAGCUGGGCUUUGAGGGAAGAAACAAGAGAAGAGAAAGGACCCAUCUGUACUUAUAGUGCCAGAUAAAAAGAAAAAGGGAGGGAGAACGGAUGCAAAGGAAGAGGAGGAAGGAUUGGUUGAUGAAGUAUGGCUACCUUCCACCCUCAGACUCCUCCACUGGACAGCUACAGGCCUGGACAGCUGUCACUAAUGCUGUCAGGGCCAUGCAAAGGUUUGCAGGCCUCAAAGACACUGGAGUUGUAGAUGUGGAGACAAUGGUGUUGAUUAACAGUCCACGCUGCUCCCUACCUGACCAGGAGGAACCAUCUGAAUCACUGGCCAAUCAAGAGGGGAAAAAUAGAAGGAGGAGGAGAAGGGCUAUCUCAAUGUGGACCCGCAGGAAUAUUAAUUGGAGGUUGCAUUCAUAUCCCUCCUCUUCCCAUCUGUCCCGGGAAACAAUUCGCUCACUGGUCUUCUAUGCUUUAAGAGUGUGGGCAGAACCAACACCCCUGGAGUUCCAUGAGGUGAGUAUACUUGAGGCAGCUGACCUGCAGGUAGACUUCCUCCAUGGUUACCACGGCGAUGACUAUCCCUUUGAUGGGGUGGGUGGUGCAGUCGGCCAUGCUUUCUUCCCAUCAGACCCUGCUCGGGCAGGAGGUAUUAUACAGAUACAGGAAGGGAACUGGUGGUUCCAAACUUCCUCUGAGGGUACUGACCUGUUCACAGUACUGGUCCAUGAGUUUGGCCAUGCUCUGGGCCUAGCUCACUCCUCAUCCCGCAACUCAGUCAUGAGGCCGUACUACCAGGGUCCUGCUGGAGACCCCCUUGACUACCGCCUGAGACUCCAUGAUCUGGAGCUCAUCACCCAGCUCUACGGAAAAAGGAACCAGCUGCUGGCUAUCAGUGCUGCUCAACUCGCCCUAGAGACUCAGUUGCGCCACACAGCCCACCACAACCAUCAUCACAGAUAUGGCACCUUCAUAGAUCGCUGUAGCACCAGUUUUGAUGUUGUGGCAAGGAUCCGAGGAGAGACUUUCUUCUUCAAAGGUCUGGUAAUGUGGCGAGUCAGUGGUGCAGGUUUGGUAUCGAGUCACGGGGCUUCAGUCAGGAGUCUGUGGAGGGGUCUACCUCCUGACUUGCCUUGUCUUCAUGCUGUGCUGGAGAGACAGUCAGAUCAUGCCAUCAUCUUUAUCAGUGGUUCCAAAUUCUGGCUGUUCAGGGACCUGUCCCUGCAGGAAGGCUACCCUCAGCCCCUCUCUGCCCUCAGGAUGGGGGAGAGCUUGGCUGGAGCAGAUGAUGAUGAUGAUGAGGAGGCAGCAGCAGGGAGGUGGGGCCUAGUCUGGGACCCAGAGGAGGGUCCUGUGUGGGGAAACAUGGGAAAUGCUACGGAAGAGAAACAAGAAGACACCUGGACUCAGCUGCUUCGAGAGGGAGUCAGUGGCAUCACCACAAACAGCAAUGGCUCCGUCUAUCUCUUCAAGGGGGACUCCUACUGGAAGUUUAUGUUUCCAGGCUCCUCACCGCAGGGCGGAUACCCACGAUCCUUGGCUGCAGACUGGCUGGACUGCCCUGACUCCACCUCAUCCUCAGCCAAUGUGGACGACCUCUCCUUGACUCUGUCUCCACCUGCAGGAAAACAGGAGUUCAGGGAGUGAUGGAGGAAGGUUAGAGAGCAGGAGGAAGCAGGAGGAAGGAGGAGGGAGCAUGGGAGGGACAGACAUGGAAAUACACAAAAAGACAGACAAGACAAAGGUUCACACAUCUGGACUCAGUGCAUCUGCCAAAAUGGAGCACUGGUUAAGAGUACACUAUCUUUCAUUGCUGCCUUGCUGCUGGGCACAUGGGUACCUUUGGCAGUUUAAAGUUUCACCACACAAUAUAAGUCAACUGCCUUCUCAGCAAGAGGGGUUAGAAUAGAGAAGGGCAUCCCAUCCACAUACAUUCACCAUGUGCAUUCAUUAUACUGGCCCUUUAAAGACAUAGUUUAGCUUUUUGGGAAAUACACUUAUUUGUUGUCUUUCUAAGAACUAGAUGAGAAUAGUAAUACUAAUUCUCAUGCCUGUGUGUUAAGGUUCAGAGUCGGAGUCAGGGCAUAGUUAGCCUAUCUUAAAAUAAUUACUGGAAGCAGGCAAAAAAGCUAGACUGGUAAUUUAUAAUUUUAAUGGGAGUUACAUGGAAAACAGUUAUCAAUCAGCAGGUUGUACUGUAGUUUAGUCACUGUACAAUGGUACAAAACCUGGCAACCUCAUUGUGGUAAGAGUCCAGCUGUUGUUUACCAAGAAGUAGAUCCGACACAUACAGUAAUUCUCCCUGCAACGACCAAUAGUUGUUUUUAAUAUUUCUUUUUGAGUACAGAAUAAAAAAAUCAGACACAAUGUGUUAAUUGAUGAGCUACCUAAAGAGGUGUUUAUGAGUAUAUUUUUUAACUUUGGACUAAGCCAGUUUAGCUGUUUGCCCUUGUUUUCAGGUUAUAAAUUACUAGAUCCUACCUCCAGCUCUCAACUGUAAGGAAUGCAGGGCAGAUGGGGAGGAAGUUGCUCUGCAGCAGAGUCACAAGAAUUAUAAAAAUAUUUGCUUCAUAAUCUUUGUAAAAUGUGUUUGGUUGUUUUAAAUAAAUGACCUUUUGUUUUUUGCAGAUAUCUCAUCAUUAAAUGUCAGUCCAUAAAAAAAGUAGUAAAUCAGGUCUUCAAACAUUUUAUUUUAGUAAUAAUAUUAAUAUAAUGUUAGAAAACCAUGCUCACUAGAGAGUCAGGAGAGCAUGUGUGAUGAUCUCUGAGUUUCAGGUGAAGUCAGACUUAACUAAAAACAAAUUAUUUCUAUUUUGGGAUGUUCCCUGUAUUUUUGUAAUUCUUAUCUGACAGCUAUGAGAGAGUGCACAAAAGCACAAAUUGAGGACAAUGUAUGGCCUUUGAUUUUAAAGAUCUGAAUUUGUAUACAAAAAAAAAAAAAUCACUGAAACGUACAAUAUGAAAUGGGUUUUUUGUAACCCACAGAGACUUAUCACCAAUUAUGCAGUUCUCCUCAGCUCUAUGGAGUGUUUUGAGAGGCAGGCUUUCAGUACAGUAAGAGACCUUGAAGUAAGUGCUAAGUGCUAGGUCUAUUGAAAAGACAAAGUGCAAGGGAAUCAGGUAACAUACAGCCUAACCUCAACGCUUUUUCAAAUGCAAAUCACCAAAAUCGUUAGACUAUUACUGGGUCAGACUAUAGGUUCAAAUCAUAGGUUUAUGAAUAAAUAUAUGUCUUAUCUAUUCUGUACUUUGUCCCCAUCAGGUUACAGCUGAAUAAAUACAUUUAAACAUUUAAUAACAAUUAAAUUCUAAACCAACAAACAGUAAGAUUCUAGCACUUU